AUUGCGUUCAAUGCGCUGUUGCAGUGGCAGAACGGCGCUUCGACUCCACCCCUCGCACCAUUUAUUGCACUAAAUACUAAAUACCUAUGAAUGUACACACACACACGCACACAUACAAAUAAACACACGCAUACAUAUGAGAAAACCUGCUGCCAGUCGGCCGUAAAUACAGUUAGAGUAGACACUAAAAUAGCAACACGAUCGGUCAGUUUGGUUUAGUUAAUUAAGCAGCCAAAGCGAUUUGCGAGAGUUCAGUUGGCGCCGUCAACUGCAACGACGACGCCCACGCGCCCUUCCAAUUGCAUCUAUUUCCUGCAAUGGAAAACGAAUCUGUCAAGUCGGAACACAGUGGACGCUCGCGACGCUCUCGCAAUCACAACAACAAUAGCAGCGGAGGUGGUGUUGGUGGUGGUGGUACUGGCACUGGUAGUGGUGGUGUUGCUGGUGGUGGUGGUGGCACUGUAAACAACGGUUAUCAUCGAGAUCGUUCGCGUCACUCGCAUCGCAGCACGCACUCCUCCAAGUCUGCCGGCGGCAAGGGGGCCAACAUGGCACCCUAUCAGACCAGCGUAAAUAUGACAGGUGACGAGUCGCGCGACGGCCAGGAGGUGAUUGAGGUGCAGAUUCUGCCGCAGGAUGAGAAUUGGGGUGAGAAUACGACAGCUGUGACGGGCAACACAUCGGAGCAGAGCAUAUCCAUGGAGGACAUCAACAAUAUGUGGCAUCGUGAGAACGACAAGGGCUUUGGGUUUGCUUGCCGGCGCUAUGUGGAGUCGACCUUUUACUUUCUGCUCGGCUGUGCGGCAUUCUUUUCGCCCGUUGCCAUGGUCGUCAUGCCAUACAUUGGUUUCUUUCCAUCGGCCUUCGAUCAUCCGGAAUUGACGCAAACGGUGCGCACCCAACUGCUCGCAUGCAGCGAACAAUGCAAGGGUCAACUUGUCUCGCUGGCUGCCCGUCUCCUGCUGCUGGCCAUCGGCUUGUGGGCUGUAUUCAUGCGACGUACAGCGGCGAGCAUGCCGAGGAUUUUCCUGUAUCGCGCCAUUGUGUUGCUGCUGGUCACCAUUUGCACGUUCGCCUAUUGGCUCUUCUACAUCGUGCAGGUGACGAAUGGCGCCAAGAUUGUGGUCGAAACUGGCGGCGAUGCCGUCGACUAUAAGUCACUGGUCGCCUAUGCCACCAAUUUUGUGGACACGCUGCUCUUCAUACACUAUGUGGCAGUGGUGCUACUUGAGCUGCGCCAUCAGCAGCCCAGCUACUACGUGAAGAUUAUACGCUCGCCGGAUGGCAUCUCACGCUCCUACAUGCUUGGUCAGCUGAGCAUUCAGCGUGCCGCUGUCUGGGUGCUGCAGCACUACUACGUCGAUUUCCCCAUCUUUAAUCCGUAUUUGGAGCGCAUACCCAUCUCCAUCUCAAAGUCGCAGCGCAACAAAAUCUCGAAUAGCUUCAAGUACUACGAUGUGGACGGCGUGAGCAACUCGCAGCAGCAGAGUCAAAGUCGCGCUGUGUUGGCUGCGAAUGCGCGGCGACGCGACUCUUCGCAUAACGAGCGAUUCUACGAGGAGCACGAGUACGAGCGUCGCGUGAAGAAGCGUCGAGCACGUCUCAUCACCGCCGCUGAGGAGGCGUUCACCCACAUCAAACGCAUACACAAUGAACCGGCACCGGCAUUGCCGUUGGAUCCACAGGAAGCGGCGCAGGCUGUCUUCCCAUCGAUGGCGCGUGCAUUGCAGAAAUAUUUGCGUGUAACCCGUCAGCAGCCGCGUCACACAUUUGAGAGCAUUCUGAAGCAUCUGGCGCACUGCCUGAAGCACGAUCUGUCACCGCGCGCCUUCUUGGAGCCCUAUCUGACAGAGUCGCCGGUUAUGCAGAGCGAAAAGGAGCGACGCUGGGUGCAGUCGUGGUCCCUCAUCUGUGACGAUAUCGUAUCGCGACCCAUCAGCAACGAGUGCACGUUCCAGCUAAUACAGAACGAUGUAUCGCUGAUGGUCACUGUGCACAAGUUGCCACACUUCAAUCUGGCCGAGGAGGUCGUCGAUCCCAAGAGCAACAAAUUUGUGCUAAAGCUCAAUUCAGAGACAUCCGUAUGACACCAUCAUCACCAUCACCAGCCGAGAACACCGCCAAUGAUCACGCCGACGCACAGCAAUCAAACGCAAUCCUCGUAUUUGCAUGUGUUUGUCUGAUACUCCAUGUCAAUAUGAAAGCGCUGUUUAAUCGGUAUUAUAAUUUGGGUAUAUUCCAACUGAUUACAUUCUAUACUCAUAUAUUCAUAUCAUAUUUUGCAGUGGUCGCUUGCUAGUUUUCGAAAAUCGUCUAUUUUAAUAUACUAUAUUUUAGUUUAAAUGAUUUCUUUAGACCGACUUUAAAGAUCUACCGAGAUUUAUUAAUGUCAACAUGCUUUAAAUCAAAAUUGUUCUCAAUAGCCUUUCAAAGUUGCUCCAUAGAAAUCAUUAAAAACCUAAUCAAAUGUUUGCAAAACAUACAAACUAAUUAAUAAUUCUAAUUUGUAAAAUGCAUUUUUUCGAGCGAACACUGUGACUUAAAAUCCGAUUAAGGAGUUGCUAAAGAAUAUUGUAAAUUGCUGGGCGAAUCAUAAUUCUUAGUUUUCUAUUAUAUUUUUGUAAGUUUUAUUUUGUAUCGUAAUCUGAUAUACUGAUACUUAUGGCCAGCAGAUGUAUAUAGGAUUACGUUUAUGUUUACGAUGCUCAAGCCCAGUGGAAUAUCCUAAGCCAACGCACACAUAUCACACGUCCCUUGAAAUGACUUACAAACUGACUUACAAGUUCCCAAAGUAUUAUUCAUAAGUAUGUUGCUUCGGCGCACCCCAAAAACAAAAUCAAUUUUCUACAGCAGCUUAAAAUUGUACUGCCUUUUUGGUUAUAGCAAUAAUGCAUAAUUAUUAUUUUUAGAAAAUAUCACAUUAGUUCUAAGUACAACAUAGUCCCUAAACAAUGCUAUUCCAUUUGCCAGACGUCUGAUGGUUGUGGGCUACAAAAUUGAUAGAUAUUUGUGUGCAGAUUUGCGCCAAGAGUGUUUCGCGAAUGUUUCUUAAAUGUUGAUGAUGACACUGUUGGCGUGAUUCGAGCGAACGCACCAAGAGUUCAUAAGUACAUUUUAAGCUUGAAUAUAAAUAACACGAAUCAGUUGCCCAAUGCUCCAAUCUCCAGUUGUGUGAGGGACACUCAACUCGAAACUCAAACUCAAACUCGAAUGUAACUUGUGACAAAUACAUUAACUUAAGCAAGAGACUGCUAACAAUGAAUGCAUUUUAUAUAUACACUAAAAUUGCCAACAUAUAUUUGUACUACUCGAAUAUUCUGUGCAUAGCAACACUGAAGCACAAUAUUUUUUAGAAUGAAAUUAAAUGCAAAAAGCAACAAUUUUAUUAAUGAUAAGUACUUAAAGCGUAUUAAAAAAAAAAACAAAUAUUCGAAUACGUUCACAUGAUACAUAUACAUGCAUACAUAUUUAUUGUAUACUAUAAACAACAAAAACAAAUCAUAUAUACACAUUACACAUACAAACUACGUAGAGAACCUUCUUUUAUUUUGCCGUCUUUACUACCUUUUCUAGCUAAUUGCUUUUUUUUGUGACAACCUCUUUUUUGUUUUAGCAAUAAAUGUGAGCAAUUUGAAAUUUGGAAUGCAUAUUUAUAGAUUUAUAUUAAACAUUAAAGCUGUAUAAAUAAAUGCGAAAUUCUCUUCA